UUUGUCAAGCUCAAAAUUAUUUACAAAUCUACUUUGAACGCGUUCGCAAUGGGCACUCCUCGGCUGCCCGUUGUACAAGGUAUAAUACUUGUGCUCCUUGUGGAGUUAGGUUUGGCUGCUGUCAGCGAUACGGAGUGGGACCAGUACAAGGCUAAAUACAACAAGCAGUACAGGAACAGAGAUAGAUACCACCGGGCGCUAUACGAACAGAGAGUCCUGGCGGUGGAGCAGCACAACUGGCUCCAUUCCCAGGGAAAGGUUGGAUUUAAGAUGGCAAUAAACCAGUUCUCCGACACAGAUCAGAGAGUGCUCUUCAGUUAUCGGUCGUCGAUCCCAGCGCCCCUGGAGCCGAGUACUGAUGGCUUUACAAAGACUGCGAACUUCAAGAGGUACGACCAGAUCACCGGAGGAAUCGACUGGCGGCAGUACGGCUAUAUAUCGGCAGUGGGGGACCAGGGCACCGAGUGCCUGAGUUGCUGGGCCUUCUCCACCUCGGGGGUCCUUGAGGCCCAUCUGGCUAAGAAGACCAAGAAACUGGUGCCACUUUCACCAAAGCAUUUAGUGGACUGUGUUCCCUAUCCGAAUAACGGCUGCAGCGGUGGAUGGGUAAGCGUGGCAUUCAAUUACACGAGAGAAUAUGGCAUCGCCACCAAAGAAUCCUAUCCCUAUGAGCCUGAGGCAGGGGAAUGCCUAUGGAACAGCAACAGCAGUGCUGGCACUUUGGCGGGCUACGUCACUCUUAGUAACUACGAUGAAAAGGAGCUGGCGGAGGUGGUAUACAAUAUUGGACCCGUGGCGGUGUCCAUUGACCAUCUCCACGAAGAAUUCGAUCAGUACCUCGGCGGAAUACUUAGUAUACCUGCGUGCAGAUCCUCGAAAAAGGACCUUACCCACUCUGUUCUUGUAGUUGGUUUUGGGACCCAUCCGAAGUGGGGAGACUACUGGGUAAUUAAGAACUCUUAUGGCAUCCAAUGGGGAGAAAGCGGCUAUUUUAGGCUGUCUCGAAACGCCAACAACAUGUGUGGAGUGGCAUCGCUUCCCCAAUAUCCCACGUUUUGAAUAAAAUCUUAGAAGAAUGUGAUAUCACUUAAUUCAUAUCUUCCUCUUAAAUAAAGUACCCAAAAUUAAAUGGUACAGCACGAAAAUUGAAA